AUCAGAAUUUACAGCAGAUGGCAGCAAUACAGAAUCCGGGUCUGUAAGCUUCAUUUUGUCUAUUGGAAUUUUACCUGCUUUUCUGCUGGCCCUGACACAGUCAUCAGCAAGAUGUCUUUGUCAAAAAGGAGAAAAGUGGACAUCGAGUGUAGGAUUUUCCAAGAAAAUGGACCAACUCCUAUUUGUUCACUGAGGUGAAUGAGAAACCUGUGUGCCUGGUGUGUAUGCAGCAAGUUUCGGUGCUCAAGGAAUUUAAUCUUCGGCGACUCGGCAUGGCGAAAAAUACAACUUGCAAGGAGAACUGAGAAGACAGAAGAUAAAUGAAUUGUUGGCAGGUUUGAGGAAACAGCAGUCUGUUUUCACCCGGAGCCGUGAGGUCAGUGAUGCUGCAGUGAAAGCCAGCUACCUAAUUGCUAGCAAAAUAGCAUUAGCAUCAAAGCUGUACUCUGACGGGGAGUUUGUUAAAAGUUGCAUGCUGAAGGCUGCAGAAAUCAUGUGUCCUGAGAGGCGACAAGCUUUUGCCAACAUUAGCCUGACGAGGAAUACCGUGGCAGACAGGAUUUCAGAACUAUCGACGGAUUUGGACAACCAAUUGAAAUGCAAAGUGGAGUCAUUUGUGACAUUUUCUGUUGCAAUUGAUGAGAGCACUGAUAUUACGGAUGUCGCUCAACUGGCCAUAUUUAUUCGUGGAGUUGAUGAGACUUUGACUUUGACUGUCACAGAGGAGUUUCUUGAGUUGGUCCCUAUGUUAGACACCACAACAGCCGAGGACAUUUUCUGCGCUCUCAUUGGUGCGCUGGACAGGGUUGGAGUGGACUGGUCCCGUACUGUCAGUCUGGCUACAGAUGGUGCGCCAUCAAUGAUCGCGAAAAAGGCUGGUGUUGUGAUAAAGUUUAAAGACAAAUUACAAGCCACAAAUGGAGGAGGUUGUUUUUGGACAUUUCAUUGUAUUUUGCAUCAGGAGGCAUUGUGCUGUAAGUUGUUAAAAAUGGAUCACGUCUUGGAGGUGGUUGUCCGAACAGCCAGAGGUGUGAAUCAUCGUCAGUUUGACUGCCUUCUCAGUGACAGUAACAUUACCCAUGGCCUGCCAUACCACACUGAAGUAAGAUGGCUAAGCCGAGGUGCUGUGCUAAAGCGCUUCUUCCAUCUUCGUGAGGACAUCGGACAGUUCAUGGAGAAAAAAGCUUUCUAUGAAAGAAGCUGGAGAUGGCCUCCAUGCUCAGAUGAAUUCAAUGAUGGGAGCCCUCCAGGAACUCAAGCUCCUUCAGGUCCAGACCGCGCUAGAAAGCCUCGACAUAUCGGGGCGGCCCAUUAACCGAGGAAUUCCAAAUCCGGCUCCAGCGGCUCCUCCAGAACCACCAGCCACAGCAGCUUCAGGAAAAGAUCCCUGUUUGAGGCAAACCAUGUCUGAAGAACCCAGCCCGAGUCCAAUGCCAAGCCCGAGGCCGUCUUUGGACAGCAGACACACCUUUAGUCUAGAUGAUCAUAGCCCAUCCCGAAACAGAAGCAGCCUGGGAACCUCGUCUUCAUCUUCUUCUUCCUCGGCGUCCAGCCUGGAAAGUGAGAGUGACAGUGAAAGAACUGAAAGAAGUGCAAGAAGUGAGAACGACCUUGAGUCUAUACCCAAGAGGUGGUCAGGAUACGCUGCCCCUCAGGUGGAUUUCUACGGACCAGCGGUGGGGAACCCUCCACCAGAGCCCUACCCUCACCCACAGGCUCCCCGUCGUGCACAGGCACUGGACCUGCCUGGGAUCCUGUACAGUCUGUCCAGAGAGGGUCCUUCCCUGGAUAGCGACUACUCCCAGGACAGCACAGACGACGCUAGCGACUGGACUUCUUCGCUCAUGAGCCGCAGCCGCAACCGUCAGCCUUUAGUGCUGGGCGACAAUGUGUUCGCGGACCUCGUAGGCAACUGGCUGGACCUGCCUGAGGUGGAGAGGGAAGAAGGAGAAGAAGAGGAAAGGAGGAAGAGGAGAGAGGAGAGGACAGUGGACGGUGGGGUGGAUAGACCGGACACCCCGGCUCACCCUCUCCGCCUCAGCCGCUCGCAGGAGAUCUGCAAGAAGUUCUCGAUCACCACGAACAUCUUCAAGAAGUUCCUGCGCAGCGUCCGGCCCGACAGGGACAAGCUGCUCAAGGAGAGGCCCGGCUGGAUGGCUCCCGAGCUGCCAGAGGGCGACCUCUUCAAAAGGCCAAAGAAACUGGCUCCCAAAAGUUCAAAAGGCAGCUUUUAUCUUCCAUUCUGGGCCGGUGGACAGCAGGGCAAAGGCAGGCCGUGUCUGCAUCUAGCUGAGGCAGAGAGGAACCACCACCUCCAUCACCCUCAGCACCACCAACACCUCCCUCAGUUCCACCAGCAGCCAUUUGCAGGGAUUUAUUUAGACAGAAGGCAGCCCGGGACUGGUCUGGAAAAAAUGCAGCCCUUGUUUGACUACAACACAGCUGUUUGGGUCUGACAGUGAGUCUCGGGCCAACAGACUGCCAGUGAUGCCAGAUUGAGUGUGUGACAGGUGCAGGGGGAUUUUGGCUGUGAUUGUGGGGAGGGAAUGAAUGAAUGAAUGAAUGAGAAGCUUGGCUACAGUUAUCUUCCAAAAAUGAACUGAUAAACUUCACACCCACAACAUGUUUCUCCUGCGACAGAGAGAUUAUCAGGGCAACAAUUUGUCUGACAAUCUGAAACCCUAAACCUCGUUUGCUGUGAGUGUACGAGUGCGUGCUGGAGAGUGUCUGAGACAGAGUUUGACUUUUUCAGGAUUUAUACUGCAAGUUUUGUAUUAUUCAAGUUUCUUCACACGUGUGCAUGUAUGACUGGAUUCUCUGGUUGUCUUAAAAGACGGUACUUUGAAAUGGAGAUCUUUCUCAGAAUGUCACCAUCAAUGCAGAUCUUUAUAAAAAAUCAUCCACAGACUUUUUCCACUUCUAUGCUACAGGGCAUACUCUCAUAUAUCUCACUUCUUUGCAUCUAUGAAUAGUAACACCAACUGUUGAAUUGCAUGGUUACGGUUUUUAUAAGUGAUACUACAAACAGCUGUUACCGAACGCACUGCCACUGAACAGACCUAAGCUCCCUUUUUGUUUCCAAAAAACUUUGGAAACUCAGGUUUAACUAAACUCAUCUCAUUCACCUUUCUCAGGGAAUGAAUGCCACGCAGGAGAAAACCAUGAGACACUGCCACAUUGAAAUGGGUUCCAAAUAUAGUUAGAGAGAAGUCUUGCCUGAUCUUAUCUUGUUUAGAAAGACAUAGCAGCAAUACGGUGCAUGACUAGUUCAAGGAUUGCACGUUAAAUUUCGUCCCUUGUAAUCAGCCGUGUUGUGCUCGCCGUUAUGUUCGAAGCACUCUCUUUUCUUCUCUGCCAUGUCAACACGGCAAAUGUUGAGUCAACUGAAAGUCCUCUCGGGCUGUUACACACAGAGAGGAGGGGGAAAAGAGAUGGCACAGCCAACCAUGAGCACUGACUAACUGACAGCCAUCUGGUACCCGGACAUUAUGUAAAGCAUGUUUGCCACAAGCUCGAAGAAGACGCAAAACAGGCUCGUUUAAUCCCAAAGUUUUGUGAAUGAACUGAACGAUGGCGAUGGUGUUACAUACUGUAUAUACAACGGUAAAUACAUUACAGGACUGUAACAGUGAUGGAGCAAGUGAGAGCGGAGGUAAAGACCCAUAGUUUGUGUUAGCCAGGGUGAAGUAAAUGUACAGAACAUUGUACAUAAAUGUCAUCAACCAAACAGCAGCAAUAAGGAACAUUUAUUGUAAUAUCCCAUCGCAUGAUUUUUAUUAUUCUGCACAGAUAAAUAUGUCACAGCAACAGCUCUCAACAUAACAUGUAAGCAAUGCCACAGCACUUGUACUUAAAACACAAACUGAUAAGUUUAUCUUUGACUGACAGUAUUUAUUCUCUUGUAUCGUAUCUUUCAGUGUGUUUCCAUUUCAAGCAUAACAGUUCAAAUCAAACAACAGCUUCCUUCACAAAUUCCCUCAGGAUUAAAGAUGACACUGCCGGCUCUGACUCAAACUCGCUUUUGUUUUGUUUUUUAUAGCGGACCAUUGUUAUGCAAGGACAAUCUGAUACUCUUAACUUAUUAUGAAAAAAAACAACAGUUGAUUUCAUUCAGUUUUAAAUGUGAUACCAGACCAAUCAACUCAGGCAGCAGGGAUUAUAGGCCUCCGAGGUCUUUUGAGUGUCUUGGCCGGUCAAUCCAUAUGGUGCUGUCUCAGUAUUCAGGUCAAUACAUACUGCACAUUCAGAGGGUCCAACUAACACACACGGACGCUUUCUGCUGAGACAGCGUUGCCACACGGCGCAGUCUGAGAUGUCAUAUCACACAAUAUGUGUAUGUAAAUGUAACAUUUAUUUCUUCCUAUUAAAGCUGUCUAGGUGUAAUUUUCAGCACUGUUGUUGAUAUUUUUCAUCAGGGUUCUGCGAACCUUCAGUAGUGAUUAUGCGUCAUGUGCACUGUAAGACUGUCACUGACUCUUUGUAAAUUAAAUCUGUUCUCAGAAAGAAAUGUCAA